AUGGGCCGAAGAAAGCAGCGCAAGAAGGAGAAGCAACCACCACCAUCGUCCGACCCGGUCAUGGAUAGCCUAUACGGCCGCAGUACAGUGGUGACCUCCACAGCCAUCACUCGGCCCACCAACUCUUCGCCCUCUCGCCCACUGUCCGACUCGCCAUCGUCAUCGCUCUCCGCCCCUUCGAAUUCCGCUUUGACCCCGUCGCCGACCCGGGAGCUCUUCCCUGAUGACGCCACGGCCGCAUGGGAAGCAUCAAACUUUGUCUUUGAUCGCUACGGCGUGUGGAAGUCGAGCCAGUUUGCCACCAUCCCCUCAUGGAUCGACGCCCUGAUCGUCUCGCCCGCAGAUGGCGUCCACUCGCGGAGCGGGACCAUCACCUUUCCCAUCUCCCUUCCGCCGUGCGAUCCCCAGCCUGCGCCAGCCUUUGUCCGUCUUCCAGCCGCCAUGCUCGCCGGACAGGCCUUUGCUCCACGAUCGGUCCGCGGCGGCGGCGCAGAGGACUUUGACGGCUCAGCCGCCCGGCUCAUCCCUCCGCCGGCCGAGUCUGGCGCCUCCCUCGCCUGGCACAUCGAGCAGACCAUGUGCAAUGUAGUGGUCAUCAUGUGUCACGGUGGCUACUUUGCCGUCGCACACUUUGUCGAUGGCGAGCUCCGCGAGCACAAGACCAUGCGCAAGUACGUCACUCGCCGCAAGCAGGGCGGCCGCCAGUCGAACCGCGACCGCUCAGGCAGGGUCAUGUUCUCCGCCGGCUCUCAUCUCCGCCGGACAAACGAGGAGAAGCUCGCCCGCAACAUCAAGGAACUGUUGGCCGGUCAAGCCUGGGCAUCUGCGCUUGCCGCUGCCCAGCGCAUCCUCCUCUGUGCGCCCGGACCGGCUAACCGCGAAAUCUUCUUUGGCGUUGCCGCCGAGCGCGACCGCGAGCCGCCGCUCUUUGAGCUCAACGACCCGCGCAUCCGCGGCAUACCCAUCAAGACCAACCGUCCCGCCACUGCCGAGUGCGUCCGCGUCUUUGAGCUCAUGACUGCCGUUCACAUCCUCACACGGGCCACCGACCGCGAGCCCGGGCCCGAGACCUCCCGGCCAACGCUCCGCACCAUAGUCGCAACCCCUGGCCUGCUCGUCCAACCGCCCACACACCCGCGCUCGCCGCACCCUGUCGCCGAAUCGCCAACCUCGACAGGAUCAGCCGCCCUUACCGCUUCAGACUCGGACUUGAGCUCGGCCUCGGGCGAGUCAUCACUCGAUGACGCCAUCUACGCCGAGGAACUGGCGCGCGAACGCAACCCGUAA